AUGACCAUUUGCCUGAAUUUCAACAUUUUCAAUGCUCCCGCACGUGACUUGAGAGCUGCCGCCGCCAAGCCCGUGAUUGAUCUGCAAACGUUCCAGUCGCCUUGUUCGAUCGAUCAAGCCACGAAUCGGGCAUCUCGACCUGUGAUAUUCCCGUCUACGAUACGGAGGCAAGCUGAAAACUACACAGUGCGACUGCAUGCAGCCCUCUGGAGGAGAUCAGAGUCGAGCUCGGAGGGCAUACAUUCGGGGACUACCCAGGUAGCUCAGAGCGCGAUUCCGCCUUCCGUUUCAGGUCUCGGGAAAGUCAAGAUGCACGGAGCUUUGGCCGGUCGGCAGCUGUUGCCCUAUAUCGCAUCCUUGAUUGGGCGGGCGGGCGGACACACCACCCAUGGAUUCCAAGGCUUCCAAGGUUGUUGGCACUUCCAAGGUUGUUGCUUCGAGGCGGAGAAAUCCCACGCUACCUUGGUCCUUAUUACUGCAUGUGCUCGGGCUCAUUACGUUCUACAUCAUUCAGGAUCGAUGGUGAAACACUCCUGCUCUCUCCUCCACACACUCACACUCACACUCACACUCACACACACUCCAUAUAGUGAUGAUAAGUAUAUCGCCAACUCGCAUUCGGCAGGUAUCUCCACGGACACGUUGUCAGAGGAUUUCCACCAUGUAAGAUUACUUUCUGCGCGAUCAUCAGGACGGAAGCUUCAAAGCGAUGCGCACCGGCGACGCAUCGAAAUUGCGUGCGGUAUGGGCAUCUCGUAA